AUGAGUGAGAAAAAAGGAUACUCGCUCCUGCCAACAACAGCGUCCGAGGAAGACGCCCAGCGGGUCAACAGCGCAGUGGCCGGACCAAACACAACUCCUUCCAACCGUCUCCUCAGAAGCCUUCUAAAGGUCUUCAAGCUCUCCGUCCUCGUUGCUGUAUUGGUCUUCAUCUUCUAUCCCAGCGGCGACGACGACAAGCCAUUCCCUCACCACAGACAUGGACAUCGUCAUAGACAUGAGCGUCGGGGUCCUCAUGGGGACAAGAAGGUGCCCAAGUACACCUUUGAGACCCAUAUGCAGGCCGACGUCGAUGCUCUCGUUGCUGGCAGUCUCGAGUCCAGCAUUGUCUGGGAUCGCCUUGCUGAGAUGACUGAUACCUAUGGCAACCGCAUUGCUGGAUCUGAGGCCCUUGAGAAGUCGAUUGACUGGAUUGUCGAGAAGGUCAAGGGCGAUGGCCUUUCGGUGACGACCGAGGAUGUUGUUGUGGACUAUUGGCAGCGUAACGAGGAGUCACUCUACUUUUUGUCGCCUACCCGCGGAGCCGUCAAGUUGCAUGUGCUCGGCCUUGGCUUCAGUGCCCCAACUCCCGACCCCAUCAACGGACUCGAGGCGGAGGUCGUUGUUGUCACUUCCAAGGCUGAAGUCGAUGAACUCGGAGCCGCAGGUGUCCUCAAGGGCCGUAUUGUCCUCUACAACAAGCCCUUCGAGUCGUACGGCGCGGAUGUGAUUUACCGGACACUGGGAGCGAUCUGGGCUCAGGAACACGGUGCUGUCGCGGUCUUGGUCCGUUCGAUCGGACCCCUGUCGUUGCAGUCAACUCACACAGGCAACUCUGCUGCGGCCAAGAUCCCUGCUGCCUCUGUAUCGGUUGAGGAUGCCCAGCUCUUGUCGCGUGUCUUCCAGAGACAUCAGGAGGAUCCUGAGCAGUUCCCUGACUGGCCCAAGGUCCGCCUUGCGAUGAACGCCAAGACUGCAUUGAAGUCCAAGAUCUCACGAAACAUUAUUGUCGAGCUCAAGGGACGCGAGACUCCCGAGGAGGUUGUUGCGAUUGGUGGACAUAUCGACAGCUGGGACGUUGGUGUUGGUGCCGUUGAUGAUGGUGCUGGAUGCUUUAUCGCUUGGGAGACUCUGCGCCAAUUGAGCAAGUUGGAUCGCCCCCCUCGCCGUACUGUUCGCGCUGUGUUCUGGACUUCGGAAGAGAAUGGAUCGCCCGGUGGACGUGUCUAUGCUGCCAACCACCCCGAGACCAACACGACCCGCCACGUCUUUGCGUUCGAGUCUGACAAUGGUGUCUUUGACCCCUAUGGUAUCAAGUUCACUGCUGGCCGUCGUUCUCUGGAGGAAGAGGAGGAGACAAAGUUCAACUCGUACGAUUUCUUGACCGCCGCUGGUGAACAUUUUCUGGGCUCACGCAAGGAUCUGGGUUAUGCUGGCGCUGGACAACAUGUUGGCCCUGGUGGUGGUGGAGCGGAUAUUGGUCCUCUUUGCAAGCAGGGAGUUGCCUGUGCUCACUUUACUCCUGCCGACCCCUUCCCUUUGCCUUACUCGACCUCGCCCUACUAUAUCAAGUCGUCCCAGCCCACCGAGGAUCGUCACGGUCGCCACGGUCGUCACCACCGCCGCCAUCACGAUGAUGAUGACGAGGAGGGAUCAAUUGAUCCUCCCCGCCGCCCAGUUGACAGUGGAUACUUUUACUACCACCAUACUGAGGCUGAUACCAUGGGCGCUUUCACGCCUGAUCAAGUCAAGAACUCUGCUGCCGCCAUGGCCAUUUGGACCUACAUUGCCGCCGAGAGCCAGGUCGAGCUUUAA